AUGUUCUACGCAAAAGCCGGACACCGCCAGGAUCAGCAAUACCUAACCUCUGCGAAGCUCCAAUGGCAUCGAGGCUCCAUGCUUUUUGAGCCAUGCGCUGGCGUCAGUUCGAAUCGCUGCAAGUGCGACCGUUUACAGCAGGUAUACCACGACUCGUACAAAAUAAUCGGGCAUAGAAUCCCACACGGCAAGCUCGAAGCCAACGGUUGUGUGGUAUUUGGUCAAGCCCAUCACCCACUCAAGCUCCCCCAAAGCGUCGCCUGGAGACAAAACACGGUCCAUAUGUUACCCAACACUUCCAUUCAGGAUGGGAAAACCACCAAGAAGACUUCAACAGAAGAUGAUGGCUCACUAUCACCGUCUCCUCCAACAUCGGUCUCCCCUGAACGUGAAGAAGUCAAUGGAAAUGCAAUCUGGAGCCCACAACGACGGCCGUCGCCACUGAGUUUCACUGACCAUCUGGUGCAAGAAAAAGCGAUUGCAUCAGAGAGAAGACGUAAGACUCCACACAUGCAGGCGUCGAGUUUCGACAUGUGCAAGGGACCCAACGACAGCAAUGACCAAAUAUCGUUGUCUGACGACUGUGCAACAUGUCCCCUGGAAUAUCAGUCGAUACUCAGAUAUGAUAAUCUGUCGAACGGACAAUAUUCGGGAUGCAGAGAGACUAUCCACGCUCCCAAAGCUGAAGACGCUCCACCACAUGCCCCAAAGACUCGAAGUCACAAAGCGAAGAUCAAAAACUAUAGCCAUCGUGGUGGCUGUUCAUGUACGACUUGUUCCACAGGAUCUUUUGAGCCACCAGAAAGCAUGGAGCUUGUCAACACCGUCAAGGGCAUUCGAAGGAAUUCAACGAAUAUAGCAAAAAUGCCAAACAGACAGCUAGUGUGA